UGGGGCCAGAGCAUCACCCCCACUUUGGGGACGGGGGAAACCUUGCCAUGGCCCCACUGCCCUGGGUGUCUGCCAGGGAUAACAAAAUCCCUCUGGCUCCUUUCCCAGCUCCGCUCCGGGAACGCCCCGUCCCUCCCCCCUGCCACCGGUCGCUCAGCGACCGCGUCGCAGGCCCCGUUGGUUGCACUGCCAGGGCCAGGAGGAGGCUCGGGCACGGCUCGCGGCCAUGGAGCCCUCGGGGUACCCCACUGCGCAGGUGGUCCCCGAGCCCUAUGACAGCUUCAUGCGCUGCCACCUGCGCUACUACGGCUACUUCCGAGGCCAGAAGAGGGGUGGGAAGCAGAGCCCCGUGUCCCCACGAGGACACUCCGAGUGCCACCACGCCGAGGCGCUCGGCCUGGGCAGCGCCGGCCCCGGCUGCCGGCAGCGCGUGGGGAAGGAGCCGAGCCCCCGCGCUCCGCCAGUGCCGUGCCGUGGGGCCGGGAGCCCCCCAGCCCCUCCUGCAGCCCCCAGGGCGCUGGAGCCGGCCCGCUCGCGGGGCUGUGGGCUCUCCAGGGAGCCGCGGGCUCUCUUUGCCCUCCCCUUGGAGCGAGGACCCCUGCCCGCUCCCCGGUGGCCCAUCGAGUGCGAAGUCAUCAAGGAGGCCAUCGAGCACAUCGAGUGGGUUCCCCCUGAGCCCGAGCCCUUCUGCCAGCCCUUGAGCCACGAGCAGGCGCCGGCGGGCAGCAGGGAGGAGCAGGGCACCGUCGUCUACCACCUCAGCCCAGUGCCCCCAGGCUCCUCCUUCACCCGAGCCCGGGCCGGGGGGGCUCCGGGCCCCCUCUCCUCACCGGCUGUGGCCCUGGAGGGCCCCCAGGACACCACGCUGCUGUUCGAGUCGCGCUUUGAGAGCGGCAACCUCCAGAAAGCCGUCAAGGUGGGCCCCUACGAGUACGUGCUGACGCUGCGGCCGGACUUGUACACCGCCAAGCACACCCAGUGGUUUUAUUUCCGCGUGCAAAACACCCGGAGAGACGCCGUCUACCGCUUCACCAUCGCCAACCUGGCGAAGCCCAAGAGCCUCUACGGCGAGGGCAUGCGGCCGCUGCUCUACUCGCAGCAGGAUGCCCGGAGCCGUGGCAUCGGCUGGCGCCGCGUCGGGGCCGAAGUCCGCUACUACCGGGGGGGUGGCGGGGAGGAGCCGGCCUCCUUCUGCCUCUCCUGGAGCAUGCGCUUCCCCCACGACGGCGACACCUGCUACUUGGCCCACUCCUACCCCUACACCUACUCGGACCUGCAGCGGUACCUGCGGGCGGUGCUGGGCGACCCGGUGCGCUCGCGGUACUGCGCGGUGCGGGCGCUGUGCCGCAGCCUGGCCGGCAACACCGUCUACCUGCUGACCAUCACCGGCCCGGCCGGCGGCGCGGGCAAGUGGGCGGUGGUGCUGAGCGCCCGCGCGCACCCCGGCGAGAGCGGCGGCUCCUGGGCCAUGCGGGGCUUCCUCGACUUCGUCCUCAGCGCCGCCCCCGACGCCCGGCUCCUGCGCCGGCUCUUUGUCUUCAAGGUGGUGCCCAUGCUCAACCCCGACGGGGUGGUGGUGGGCAACUCCCGCUGCUCCCUGGCCGGCCGUGACCCCAACAGAGCCUACGGGACGGGGUGCCGGGGCUCCUUCCCCGCCGUCUGGCACCUGCGGGCCAUGGUGGAGAGGCUGCUGGCGGAGCGGGAGGUGGUGCUGUACUGCGACUUCCACGGGCACAGCCGCAAGAACAACGUCUUCAUGUACGGCUGCGACGGCGGCCGGGCCGCUGCAGCACCGCGGCUGCGGGAGCGCGUCUUCCCCCUGAUGCUGAGCAAGAACGCGCCCGACAAGUUCUCCUUCCCCAGCUGCAAGUUCAAGGUGCAGAAGAGCAAGGAGGGGACGGGCAGGGUCGCCAUGUGGCGGAUGGGCGUCACCAACAGCUACACCAUGGAGGCGGCCUUCGGCGGCUCCACGCUGGGUGGGAGAAACUCGCACUUCACCGUGGAGGACCUCAAAUCGCUGGGCUACCACCUCUGCGACACCCUGCUGGACUUCUGCGACCCCGACCCUGCCAAGUUCCAGCGUUGCCUGGCAGAGGUGGACGCGCUGCUGCGGCAGCGGCUGGGCUCCGGCAGGAGCUGGAGCGAUGUCCCCACCUCAGACCUCGAGUCCAGCACCAGCGGCUCCGACAGCUCCGUGUCUGAGGGAUCCCCGGCACGGCCCGGGAGCCCCCGGGGACGGGAGGGACAAGGUGCCCGGGAGGACGUGCUGGUACCCCUGCGCCAUCCAGGGCAGCUGGAGCCGAGGAGGAGGAAGCGGCUGCGGAGCCGCAGAGCGAGGAACGCCCUGCGCGGGCCAAACGCCGUCCGCCAGAGCCACGCCGGUGUCCCAGUGCCACCACGGUCCCUCAGGCCCUGGGGACAACCACGGGUCCCCAACACCCCCAGGGGAGGCCGUGGGGUGCCGGAGGAGCCCGAGCAGCCGCGUGGAGCCAUCCCCCGCCAGCCCGUCCCCACCGCAGCGGGAAGGGGGUCCCGCGGCCGUGCCGCUGCGGGGGACGCCCGGCUGCAGGGGGGCACGAGGGCCGCAGGCCCUGCCCGUGCCACCACCGCCACUGCUGCCACCACCGCCACCGGUUCCUCACGGGGCACGGCCGUGGCGCUGCCCGCACCGGGGGCCGCCGCCGCUGGGCGCGGGGGGCGGCCGGGCCCCGCCAGCCCCCGCUGCUACGCCUGCGCCCGGCGUUAACGGGGCCGCGUCCCCCGGUGCCUGCCGGGCUCCCCCUUCCCCUGCAGGCCCCGGGGGCCGCCGCCCGGUGGCACCUCGGGGCCCGUCGCCACGGCGCCGCCUCAGGCCUCGGAGGCCCCGCCGGUGGCGCAGGCCGCGUUGCCACGGCGACCCGGGCGGAAGCGGGCGGCGGGCGCGGCGGAAGUACCGGGGGCGGAAGCGGAAGCGGCGGCCGUGUCCUUCUGGGC